AUGCCCAGCAAAGUCUAUGGUGUCAACCUAGGGUCCUGGCUUGUUCUCGAGUCUUGGAUGUUACCACAAGAGUGGAUCAAUAUGGGUGGCCAACAAUGUAAUGAUUGCUCCCAGUGUAUUGCCACAGAAUUCGAAUUUGCUCGUGCAUACCCCGACACAGUGGAUGCGAAAUUUGCCGAGCAUUGGUCUUCGUGGUUCAACCAAAGCGAUGUUAAUGACCUCGUGGAAGCAGGCAUAAAUACCGUUCGCAUUCCGCUGGGUUAUUGGAUCGUCGAGGCUCUCGUCGAUCGCAAGACGGAGUUCUAUCCGCGAGGAGGUAUACACCACCUUAAACGAGGAUUAAGGGAACUGAAGGACGCUGGCAUCGUGUCAAUCCUUGAUCACCACGCGCUUCCAGGCGUUCAGACCCCGGGUCAAAUGUUUACCGGAAGGUGUACAUCCGAUGUCGAGUUCUACACUGAAUAUAAUUAUCAUCGUGCCCUUGUUUGGACCGCCGUUAUGACCGCUCUUUCCCACCUCGAUCCCGACUUCAGCAAUGUCGUUGCCAUCGAAGCCGUGAACGAACCCAUCAUGAAUGCCACUCAGACCCCAGGAUAUGGCGAUUUCCAGAAGAAUUUCGUUCAAGUAGUACGAGCAGUCGAAUACACUUUGGGCAUCCAGUGGAACCACGUCCCUUGGACUUGGCCGAAGAUGACCAUCAUUACGGACACCACCAAUUUUACAGCAGCUUUGGAGAACGCCGUUCCUUCACCGUUUUUGAAUCCCGAAGUUCGGUCGGCCCUCAAGGAUGCAGUACCGAUCCUCGUCCAAAUUGGUUUGGAACUCGGAUUGAACGACAUGACACACACUUUUGGUUCCCACUACAGUCGUGAGCCCUUGUACACAAGUUUCAUGGACAUCAAUUGGCAGUACAACAGCCCUCCCAACCCGAGCGAUGCACAAAUGGGACCUCAAGCCUAUGACAAUCAUUUGUACUAUUCAUUCGGGGGUGUUGCAGACCCAAAUGAACAGGCUUAUAUGGAGAGUAUCUGCAGCAACAGUCCCCUUGUAUUCGGAGAAUGGGCCUUGUCAACGAACUUUGCCGCUACGGACGAAUUCCUUCGCAAGUGGGCGGAUGCUCAGAAACGUGCCUACACUAAAGGUGCCGGUUGGAUCUUCUGGAAUUUCAAGGUAGAGAUAUCAACUCUGGCUGGCGACCUGGCCCGGCAAUGGUCAUACUUGGAAGGCGUAAAACGAGGCUUCUUCACCCGUGAUCCGUCCCAAUUGAAUGAUACACACGUUUGUGAUGGUUACAUUCAGUGA